AUGAUGCUCACAAGCUCAACUAAUUCUAAAGCAGGAAUUCAAUCUGAAUAUGAUCGGGAAAGUGAAUUAAAAGCUUUUGAUGGUUCAAAAACUGGCGUCAAGGGGCUUGUAGAUGCCGGGGUAACAAAGAUCCCCCGCAUAUUCAUCAACCAAAGUUUAAUCUGCAAGCGGAAUCUGGUUCAACCAACUCGUAGUCGUAGUUGGGUGGUCAAUCAUGGAAUUCCCACAAGUGUUUUGGAGGAGAUGACAGAUGGGAUACGUGGAUGUCAUGAGCAAGACGCCGAAGCACAGGCAGCUACUUGGGAGGGGAACUUGGCUUGUUCAAUGGCUCCUAAUCCUCCAGACCACGAAGAAUUGCCUGCUAGGUAUAGUGGUCCAAUACUUGAAGGAAGUGAAGAGAUUGGUCAAGGCUGUGCAGAAGAGUCUUUAACAGUAAAGAAGGUCAGUGGCCUCAAGCGUGAAGACUCUGAAGGUUUCUUCCCGGAGAACCCUGGAGAUCAGGAAGUCUUUAAGUUGAAUGUGAUGGUGGGGUAG